AUGGCUCUCCUAAAGCCAGCCACUCUGAGCAAGCAGCUUCCAGCAGCAGGGCAGAACACACAGCACAGGAGCAGCCAGAGCCGAAGUGGAGGCGACUGGCGGCAGGCGAGGAGGCCGAGAAGCCAGGCCGGCCAACACAACUUUGUGUGGCAGCUGCCGGCCGAGCCCUGGGACUCGCAGCAGGCAAAGGGAAACAGCAGAGCCCGGCGCGGAUCACAGAACUGCCCUGCCCUCAUCCCAGCCGUGGGUCCCCGUGGCACCCCAACCUGCGGGCACCCCAGCCCACAAGCACCGGGCAGCACUGCCGUGCUCACACUCAGCAGCCUGCCCCAGAACCGGACUCCCCCCCGCAGCCAGCGGCGCCCCGUAACCCAGAGCCAGCCCCUAGAGCGGGCGGCACUGGCGGCAGCCACAGACACCCCCAAACCCGGAAGGGCUCUCCGUGCCCACGAACACCCCAAAGCCGAGAACCCCCUACACCUGCCUACGAGCCGUGAGGCGCGGCGGCCACCCCCCGAUCGAGCGCCUCCCGCACAGCCGGACGCCACUCCCAGAGCCGGCCGUGGCCCGAGCCCCCCGCGGCCCCGGGGGAGCCCCCGCGCCGCCGGCACCGGGCCCCGCAGCCGCCGCACUCACCGCCGGCCCGGCCACGCCGCCGCCGCCGCCGCUACGGCGACCCGCGAGGGCCAUGGCGGGCGGGCGGGACGCGUUGCCGGGAGACGGGCGGGACUCUCUCCGCGCUCGGGCAGGGCCGGGCCGCGGUGCGCUGCUCCGGGGAAGGAGCGGCGGCAGAGACCCCCCGGUGCUUGUGUGAACUUCUCCGGAGGAAACCGAGCAGGGUCGGGGCCGCCGAGACGCGAAGCUCUCGGCACGGAGGUGGGCAAGCGGCCAAGGCCAGCCCGCACGAGGGAGGCCCGGGCCGGCGCUGCCCACACCCAGGGACACAACGACCCUAUCCAGAAAAUGCCAGACUUUACUCCAGCACCCCUGGACCCGGAGAAAGAAGCCUUCAGCUGGUACUGCAGCAACCGCGCUGGGGAACGGGAGCCGCAGCCGGGGAACAGGGAACGGGGAACUGAGAUCGAGGUGUGGGGAACUGAGAUCGGGGCUCCGGGGCCGCCUCAGCGUUCUCCCGUGCCGGGCCGCCCCGCCCCGCCCCGUCCCGCCCGCUGCCGCCGCCGCUUCCCGCGGGCCGCCCCCUCCCUGCAGCCCCCGGGGCGCGGCCGCCCUCCUGCCGCUGUGUCGGGGCGUGCUCGGCCUCUGCCUCCUCCUCCUCCUGGUGCUGCUGGUGGCCGCCGGUGA